AUGAGCAGUACAUCCGAGAGUGAUGAUGCUCCGUGCUGUCCUUUGUGUGCAAAUGAGCUCGAUGACACAGACCAAUCUUUAUUUCCCUGCUCUUGUAAUUGUCAAGUGUGUUUGUGGUGUUUGAGGCAGCUUAUGGAUUCGAAUAAGCCGUGUCCAAACUGCCGUAAGCCUUAUAACGAGAAGAAUUUUCGCCGCACAGAGGUGAAAGAAAAGAAAAAGAAAACAAUUCAUUCCAGAGUGCAUAGUGACGAAGACUCGCGGCGUUCUACCACUACAGAGGACACUCAUGACUUAAAAACGGUCCGAGUGAUUCAAAAGAAUUUAGUGUAUGUCAUUGGUUUACCCAAUGAAUCUGCAUCGGAGUCAAUCCUCCGUCGUCGUGACAUGUUUGGCCAAUACGGCAAGCUGAACAAGAUCGUGUUCAACAACCGCAACCCUGUGGGCGAUCGUUCGAAUACCUGCGGUGUGUACCUGACCUACGAGACGAACGAGCAAGCCCUCGACUGCAUCAACGCGGUGGACGGCUACAUCUACCUCCAUCGCAUGCUGAAGUGUGUUUUCUCCUCUUUGUUCACAAACAGAGCCAGCUACGGCACCACCAAAUACUGCUACACCUUCAUCCGCGGGCAGAAGUGCAACAACCCGGACUGCCUCUACCUCCACCGCCUCGCUGCGCCGGAGAACUGCUUCACCAAGGAGGAGAUGGCCGCUCGCCAGGCCGACUUCCACGCCCAGACCCACCCCGGACCGGGCUCCUACUGGGACGACCAUCACCAGCGCUGCGUCUAUCGCCGCAGUGCCGACGAGUCCCACACCUCCCUGCCCCCUCCGCUCCAUUCCCAGACCCACGCAGACGCAGACGCAGCCACGCGGCUGGCACGCGCUCCAGACCGCUCCAGCGCUCGGUAG